UAGCACCAUGCAACUGCUGCAGUCAGUUGUAGUUGUGAUUAUGACUGGACUGUGAGCGUGUUCCAUUGACCUUUCUCUCCCCAUCCGUCCUUCAAUUGUGGGCAGGAGACUUUCUUUCCCAUCAUGCAAUCCUGAUCGGAAAUGCAAAGGAUAACUAGUAACUACUACCAUGGUGGAACAUUUUUUUCUCCGCGGAUUUUUUUCUUUGGCGCGUCUUGUUUUUCCUCAAUUUCACUCACUUCACUAAACCGAAGCCUCGACGACGUGUCCAGCAUGAGCUACCUUAGGAACUCGAACAUCAGUCAAUCUUCAAGUCUCGGCCCUCGUUGAAGUUUUGCGGCCUACUUUAGCCUAGCCUAGUCUAGCCUAGCCUAGCUGGCCAACCACUAACAAAGCUGCAAGGCACGUCGUCAAGCGUUGUCAAAUCAAGUGAGGAAAAUGUCCGCAAAAAUGACAACGGUUGCAGUAGAGCUCCAGGAGGAACUUUGUGGCGUUAAAGAGACCCUACGUCACCAACCCUCGAUUGUGUGCAAAAUAACGCACGCAAAGGUUGUUCUUCACAGACUAGAAGAUCUAUAUGUCAGCCAAGCCCAUCAUCCUGAGCACCAGGUGUCUGCACGCAUCAAAGAGGAGGAAGAGGAAGAGUCACCAUACAUCAAGGAAGACGAGGACUUCGUACCCAUUAAAGGUCUCACUGUCAUUGCCCACGUUAGCAUUGAAGUCCCCAAGCAGAACGAGGGAGUCUCCAGAAGGAGCACUCUCCAGCAUUCCCUCCAAGGACUCCAAAAAGGGUUUCAACAAAUAUCUUGGUCUUGAGUGGCAGGAGUCUCCUGGAGUUAAAGAGGAAGUCGAGCAGCCGCAUAUGAAAGAGGAAGAGCCAGAGCACCCUCAACAGCAAAAGAGAGAAGUACAACUUCCAAUCAAAAAGGAGGUAGAGCUGCCAUUCGUUAAAGAGGAGGACGAUAUCACCAUGUCGACUGGUGAGCCCUUGAAGAGUGAGGAUGGGCCGAGCGAGGCCAGCAGAGGGACGGCGCCUCCAACCAGCAGCAGCAACUCAUCAGAAGGAUUGCAAGCACACAUUUUCAUCGCACCAUCAGAUAGAAAUGGCGCCACGUCACACUCGCCUUACAAAGAUGGUCAUAAGAAAUCUCACCGUGACAACAAACUCUGCAUAUGCUCUCAGUGUGGGAAAACCUUUGCUAAUAGCUAUACUUAUCGUCUGCAUGUGAGGAGCCACACAGGUGAAAAACCUUUUGUCUGCUCAGUUUGUGGUCAAAGAUUCGCUCAGAAGGACUACUUAAAAAGACACACAAGAACCCACACUGGUGAAAAACCUUUUGUCUGCUCAGUUUGUGGUCAAAGAUUCACUCAAAAGCAACACUUGAACACACACACGAGAACCCACACAGGAGAAAAACCUUUUUCCUGCUCAGUUUGUGGUCAAAGAUUUGCUCAGAAGGUCUACUUAAAAAGACACACAAGAAUCCACACUGGUGAAAAACCUUUUGUCUGCUCAGUUUGUGGUCAAAUAUUCACACAAAAGCAACACUUAAACAAACACGCGAGAAUCCACACCGGAGAAAAGCCUUUUUCCUGCUCAGUUUGUGGUCAAAAAUUCGGUCACAAGACCGCCUUAAACACACAUACAAGAACCCACACUGGAGAAAAAUGUUUAUCAUGCUCAGUUUGUGGUAAAAAAUUCACUCAGAAGGGCUACUUAAACACACACACAAGAACUCACACUGGUGAAAAACCUUUUUCCUGCUCAGUUUGUGGUAAAAAAUUCACUCAGAAGUGCAACUUAAACAAACACAAGCGAACCCACACUGGCGAAAAACCUUUUUCCUGCUCAGUUUGUGGUCAAGGUUUCAGUGAAAAGCAAGACGUGCAAAAACACAUUAGAACCCACACCGGAGAAAAACCUUUUUCCUGCUUAGUUUGUGGUCAAAGAUUUGCUCAAAAGCCACACUUGAAAAUGCACACAAGAACCCACACUGGAGAAAAACCUUUUUCCUGCUCAGUUAGCAGGCAAGCGCUCAGUCAAAAGCAACACUUAAAAAUAAAUUUAGAAACCCACACCAGAAAAAAAAAACUUUUUCCCGCUCAGUUUGUGGUCGAGGAUUCACGCUAAAGGAUCGGAUUAAGAGACACGUGUGUGUUUGUGUGAGAAGAAGUGGCAAAUGACAGUUUUGCCUAUCACCCAUGCUGCCACCUGUUGGGGGGAGGUUUUCUGAGACGUGAAAAUUCUCGGCUUGUUGUCUUGUGUGUGUCUGAGAAGAUCUUGGUCAAACAUCAAGUGACAUUUGUCUGAAAAAUAAAUGCGCAAGUGUUCGCUGUUAAAAAACACAGCUCCAACAAUUCUUAAGCAAAUUGAAUACCUAAAAAAUGUCAAGUCAUGAUGAUUGCACGCACAUCAUUAAAAAAAACACGUGAAAUCUGCGGACGUACAGUAUUUGUGGAUCUGAAAAACGUGAAAAUCACUAAUUUAGUAUUUCUGAGAAUCGCGGACAUUUAUGAAUUUGAAACACGUGUGAAUCGCAAAUGCGCUUGUGUGUGAAAGUUUGACCUUUCCUUGUUAUGUUUGUCUCAAAAAUAAGUGCACACAGCUGCUGAUUUACACAUACAGUGGGGCAAAUACGUAUUUAGUCAACCACUAAUUGUGCAAGUUCUCCCACUUGAAAAUAUUAGAGGCCUGUAAUUGUCAACAUGGGUAAACCUCAACCAUGAGAGACAGAAUGUGGGGGAAAAACAAAAAAAAUCAGUUUGAUUUUUAACGAAUUUAUUUUCAAAUCAAGGUGGAAAAUAAGUAUUUGGUCAAUACCAAAAGUUCAUCUCAAUACUUUGUUAUUUACGCUUUGUUGGCAAUAACGGAGGCCAAAUGUUUUCUGUAACUUCACAAGCUUUUCACACACUGUUGCUGGUAUUUUGGCCCAUUCCUCCAUGCAGAUCUCCUCUAGAGCAGUGAUGUUUUGGGGCAGUCGUUGGGCAACACGGACUUGAACAACAACUCCCUCCACUGAUUUUCUAUGGGGUUGAGAUAGGACCUUGAAAUGCUUCUUGCGAAGCCACUCCUUUGUUGCCCUGGCUGUGUGUUUGGGUUCAUUGUCAUGCUUAAAGACCCGGCCACGUCUCAUCUUCAAUGCCCUUGCUGAUGGAAGGAGAUUUUCCCUCAAAAUCUCUCGAUACAUGGCCCCAUUCAUUCUUUCCUUUACACAGAUCAGUCGUCCUGGUCCCUUUGCAGAAAAACUGCCCCAAAGCAUAUGUUUUCACCCCCAUGCUUCACAGUGGGUAUGGUGCAAUUCAGUAUUCUUUUUCCUCCAAACACAAGAACCUGUGUUUCUACAAAAAGUUCUAUUUUGGUUUCAUCUGACCAAACCACAUUCUCCCAGUCCUCUUCUGGAUCAUCCAAAUGCUCUCUAGCAAACCGCAGACGGGCCUGGACGUGUACUGGCUUUAUUUAUUUAUUUAUUUUCCCUUCAGGCAUGACAAAUCCAAACAAACAUACAGCAUUUAUAUGUGUUUGCAAUUAAUUCAACCCGAAAAGAAAAGGGCUGACGGGAGAAGCCGAAGCUUAUUGAAACCCGUCCCCAGCAGAAAACAUCAAAUAUCAAAUUUUUGACAUUCAGACUUCGUAAUGAUCACGUUAUUGUUUCUUUUUUUUUAAUAUAAUAACCAUCCCCUCUGUUCAUUUUCCCAAUAGUCCAUAGUCGAUCGAUGUGCUCAUUAUGUUGAUUAGAUCCAGUAGACUAGUUCAUAAUUUAGUACUUAGUUUAUUCAGUUGAGUUCUGGCAGGACAGUGGCCAAUCGACCAGUCCCAUGUCGUUACAAAUUUGAAGAAUUUGAAGUCAGUUGUCUAUGCAUUUACAGCCAACAGAUAUGACCUUGUGAGUUGUUUGCAUUGGCUUUGAGUUCCCUUUGUUUUUUUUGUUUUUUUUUGUCUUCCAUUGUUUUGGGUACACUCGGUUUUGCUUCCAGCUUUGAGUUGCCAUCCAGACAUUAUUUAACAUUUGUACAAACCAGACAUUAUUUAACAUUUGUACAGUUCUUAUUAUGUCCGAGUUAGCUUGAGUCAGCAACAUAAUUAUUUAAUAAGGUUUGUUUAGACCACCUCUUAAAAACAGCCAAUGACCCUGAGCUGGUCACUGCAGAAUCUAGUUUGUUCCAAAGCUUUACACCAGAGUAAGGAACCGAAAAUGAUUUUAAUGUUGUUCUAGCGUAGUUAAGUUUAAACACAUUUUCUCCCCUCAAAUCGUAUUUCGAUUCCCUAGCCUGGAAACGACUUUGCAAGUUAUACGGAAGGCUAUUAGUUGAGGCUUUGUACGUCAUCUGUCCAGUUUUGAAAUUUAUUAAAUCAUACAGCUUCAAUAACUUGGAUUUGAUGAAUAAUUUAUGUGUAUGUGCUGUGUAUUUUGCCUUAUUAAUAAUCCGUAUUGCUUUUUUUUGGAUGACCAACAGAGGGUCUAAUCGAGAUUUGUAGGUGUUUCCCCAAAUCUCGGAGCAGUAAGUCAAAUACGGCAAAAACAGUGCACUAUAAAUUAUUUGGAGGGCCCUGCUUCAGCAGGGGGACACGUCUGGCGGUGCAGGACUUGAGAACCCUGGCGGCACAUUGUGUUACUGAUAGUAGCCUUUGUUACUGCAGUCCCAGCUCUCUGUAGGUCACUCACUGGGUCCCUCCGUGUGGUUCUGGAAUUUUUGCUCACCGUUCUUGUUAUCAUUUUGACGCCACGGGGUGAGAUCUUGCAUGGAGCCCCAGAUCGAGGGAGAUUAUCAGUGGUCUUGUAUGUCUUCCAUUUUCUAAAAAUUGCUCCCACAGUUGAUUUCUUUACACCAAGCGAAGAGUGAAGAUUCACAGAAAACGUUUGGCCUCCGUUAUUUCCAACAAAGGGUACAUAACAAAGUACUGAGAUGAACUUUUGGUAUUGACCAAAUACUUGAUUUCCACCAUGAUUUGCAAAUACUUUAAAAAUCAAAGUGAUUUUCAGUUUUUUUUCCCCCACAUUCUGUCUCAUGUUUGAGGUUUACCCAUGUUGACAAUUACAGGCCUCUCUGAUCUUUUCAAGUAGGAGAACUUGCACAAUUGGUGGUUGACUAAAUACUUAUUUGCCCCACUGUAUAAUUCAAAUUUUUGCAAACAAUUCAUGAUUAGUGCAUGAACAACAUAAAAAAAACACGUGAAUUUCGAGGAUAUAUUUGUGGAUUACAAAAACACGUGAAAAUCACGGAUGAUUUUGUGGAUUUCGAAAAUAUCUGAAAAUCUUGGAUAUAUUUGUGGAUGUACAGAAGACGUGAAUCGCGGAUGUAUUUGUGAGAAUAUUUUUGAGACGAAUCUUUCCCCAUAUCAACUGUUUUAAAGUACUCUGGUAUUGAAUUAAUGUAGCAAAUUGGCUGCCGGGUUUUAGCCUACUGGCUAUGAAUAAUACAAUGACAAUUGAAUGCGAUUUGAGUGAGAGGCUCUCACUGAAGAGCUUUGUCUAAUAUUGCAUUAAUAUGCUCUGUGGUAUUUGAGCUGUAUCAAUACUGAUGCUAUUUAUUGCUAUUUGUUUAUAUGACCAAAAUUAAUCUGUCUGUAUAAAUCAAUUGCCUCUCUUUGAGAUAUGACCUCUAACAAUUUUGUAUGUGUGCUCAUCAUUUUAAGCUGUUUUACAAGCAUUUUAUUUGUUACUGCAGUGACUGUCCCUGGAAUCUGUAACAAGAUGUUGUAGCGAGUGUUAACAGAAUUCACCGUCGGAAUUUAUGUUGGCACUUUGUGUAGUUCCUGGGGGGAUUUAAUUUGUUAAGGGAACAGCCGGAAAUAGUUAUCUUCCGCGGCUUGCAUGUCAGAGAUAUACUGCUAAUAGUUGUUGCAGCACGCAUGUCAAAUAAA